AUGUCAUGGCAAGGAAGAAGAGGUAAAGGAAAAGGAGCAAUGACAAUUCGAUGUAGAUUGGAUCGGGCUCUAGCGAAUGAAGAUUGGCAUACACUCUUUCCGGUGUCUUUUACAGAAUAUUUAGGAAUGGUCGGGUCCGAUCACCGUCCGGUGGUCGCUUUUCUAGAUGAUAAAAUUCAAAGGACGAAGGGCCAAUUCCGAUUUGAUAAAAGGUGGAUAGGACAAGAAGGACUUAUGGAAUCCAUUACCACGGGAUGGAGGGAAACAGGUGGAGAGGAUACGGUGGAUAUUGUUACAAAAAUAAGUAAUUGUCGUCACGAGGUGGCUAAAUGGCGGAAGAAUAAUCCACCAUAUGGAAAGGAUAAAAUAGCAGAUCUUCAGAAGGCUCUAGAAGAGGUUCAAACGGAUGAUAAUAGGUCUCAAGAAGAGAUUUUGGAGAUUUCGAAGAAAUUGCAGGAUGCAUAUAAGGAUGAGGAAGAGUAUUGGCAGCAGAAAAGUAGAAAUACAUGGAAUACGGCUGGGGAUCGCAGUACUAAAUUUUAUCAUGCUCUCACUAAGCAACGUCGGGCUCGAAAUAGGAUUGUGGGACUAUAUGAUGAAGGGGGAAAUUGGAUUACAGAGGAGCAAGGUAUUGAGAAGGUUGCUGUAAACUAUUUUGAGGAUCUAUUUACCACCACUUCUCCAUCAGAGUUUGAGGUUUUUCUCGGGGAGAUUACUCCGAGUAUUACUCACCAGACAAAUCAAAUGUUGAUCAAAUUGGCGACAGAGGAGGAGGUUCGACAGGCUUUGUUUAUGAUGCAUCCUGAGAAGGCACCGGGGCCAGAUGGAAUGACUGCUUUAUUCUUCCAACACUCUUGGCAUAUAAUUAAAAAGGAUCUGGUGGAAAUGAGGUUGAAGCUGUGUCUCCCAACUCUUAUAUCAGAGACACAAUCGGCCUUUGUGGCAGGAAGGCUGAUCUCGGAUAAUAUCCUCAUCGCUCAGGAAAUGUUUCAUGGAUUGCGAACUAAUAAAGCAUGCCAAGGAAAGUUUAUGGCAAUUAAAACGGAUAUGAGUAAAGCGUAUGAUAGGGUAGAAUGGGAUUUUAUUCAAGCUCUUCUGAAUAGAAUGGGCUUUGAUUCUCAUUGGACAAAGUUGAUGAUGGGAUGUAUAUCGUCUGUGCAGUACCAGGCACAGAAGGAAGAAUGUCAAACCAUUCUUAGGAUUCUAAAGGAAUAUGAAGCGGUUUCAGGUCAACAAAUAAAUUUUCAAAAAUCAUCAAUCCAGUUUGGCCACAAAAUUGAGGAAGCUAGUAGGCAGGAGUUAAGAGAUAUAUUGGGUAUCCAGAAUUUGGGAGGAAUGGGAUCUUAUUUGGGAUUACCAGAGAAUAUUGGUGGUUCUAAAGUCCAAGUUUUUGGAUUCAUUCAGGAGCGUUUAAAUAGUAGGGUAAAUGGAUGGAUUUUUAAGUUUUUCACUAAGGGAGGAAAGGAAGUGAUUAUCAAAUCAGUGAUAACGGCUUUGCCAAAUCAUGUGAUGUCCUGUUUCAGAUUACCAAAGACGACAACAAAGAAACUAACAAGUGCAGUUGCACAAUUUUGGUGGAGUCCAGGUGGAAGUACUAAGGGUAUGCAUUGGAAAUCUUGGGACAAGUUAGUUCUAAGUAAGGAGGAAGGAGGUUUGGGAUUCAAAGAACUUACGGAUUUUAAUACGGCUAUGCUUGGUAAACAGCUAUGGCGGUUGAUAGAGAAACCCAACACUUUAUUUUCAAGAGUCUUCAAAGGACGGUACUUUAGGAAUGCUUCACCCCUAGAACCGAUCCGAUCAUAUUCCUCAUCGUAUGGCUGGAGGAGUAUUACUUCUGCUAGAUCUCUGGUUAGCAAAGGACUAAUUAAAAGGGUGGGUACAGGAUCUUCUAUUUCAGUAUGGAAUGAUCCCUGGAUCCCAUCCACUCGCCCGAGACCAGCAAACAAAAAUCUUCACAUUACUUACCCUGAUCUGACAGUUGAUUCCCUUAUUGACUCAACUUCAAGGACAUGGAAUUCGCAGGCACUUCGGACUCUCGUGGAUCCUCAGGACGUCAAAAUUAUUGAAAGUAUACCUCUGAGUAAGGUUCAUUUGAGGGAUAGGGAUGGAUGGCAUUUUACAAACAAUGGAAAAUACACGGUGAAGUCAGGAUAUCAGGUGGAGAGAGUUUAUCCGGAUAAGGAGAGAUCAUUGCCAGUGUUAGGACCUACAGUUGAUAUUCUGAAAGCAUAUUGCUGGAAAGUUAAAUGUCCACCAAAAAUGAAGCAUUUUUUGUGGCAAUUGGUAUCAGGGUGCAUAGCAGUUAAGAAGAACCUGCAAGCAAGAGGGCUAAAAGGGGAUAUAUGUUGUGAUAGAUGUGGUGCUCCCGAGGAAACAAUAAAUCAUGUGUUUUUCGAGUGUCCACCAGCGCGUCAGGUAUGGGCUCUUUCACGGAUCCCCUCCAGCCCAGCUAUUUUCCCAUACCAAUCUCUUUUUACAAACUUGGAUUAUUUAUUUUGGAGAAUUGACCCAAAAGUGGAAUGUCAUCAGUUUCCUUGGAUUUUAUGGUACAUUUGGAAAGCCAGGAACCUUAAGGUUUUUAGCAAUCUUGAUGUAGACCCGAGAGAUACGUUAAAAUUGGCAGACACAGAGUCAGCACUAUGGAAUGAUGCACAGAUGGAGAAUGCACAGGUUCAGGUACGACAGGUGGAUGACAACAAUCCUGGACCACGAAUAGGGAGAUGGUGUUUCAUAGAUGGCUCGUGGAAGGAUAAAGACAUUUCUUCGGGACAAGGUUGGUAUAGUACUUUGGAAGGUUUUGAUAGCCUAAUGGGUGCAAGGAAUGUCAGGGCAAGUUUAUCUCCACUACAUUCAGAAGUGGAGGCGCUGAUAUGGGCAAUGGAAUGUAUGAGAAACUUACGUCAGUUCAGGGCGGAUAGACUAGCACGAAGUGCAAGGAUGCAACCGUCUUUUGUCGUUCACAUGGACUCAGAGUUACCGGCUUGGAUUAUCGAGUCAAGAUGA